AUGAAUUGGCCUACCAACGAUUUUUUUCCCACUUUUAAGGUGUGGUUUCAAAACAGACGCGCAAAAUGGCGAAGAUAUGAGCACACACGUAAAGCACCUGGAAGGCCUCCUCAAUAUGCAUACCCGAUAACCUGCUCUGGAGAUCCGAUUCCGCCAUCAGAACUUGCUCAGAGAGAAGCCCACUCCAGCCGGAGCCGUAGAAGGUUUGGCAACCAAUCACCACCACCUCCUCCACCUCCCGAGGCUCCCACGAUGUCCUCUACACCAGUAUCUACUAGUACACCUGCUCCUGACCCACCUGAUCCUAGCACAGCUGAUCCUAGCACACCUGAUCCUAGCACAGCUGAUCCUAGCACAGCUGAUCCUAGCACAGCUGAUCCUAUCACAGCUGAUCCUAGCACACCUGGUCCUAGCACAGCUGAUCCUAGCCCAUCUGGUCCAAGCACAUCUGCUCCUAGCAAGAAGCCUUCGUUCUUCAUUGAAUCCUUACUGGCCGGUGAAAUAUGA